AUGUUUCUGAAAGCCCUAUUUCUGUUCCAGGUUGGGAACGGGGCUCUGGCUGAUGUCACCCUCUUCUUCUGCAGUGUCUCCCCAGCCUUGCUUGGCCACAAACGGAGACCCCUGCAGACGACUGUCGCCCACAUGGCCGUGGCCAACUCCUGGGUUCUUCUGUCCGCUGGGCCUCCCCACACAAUGGCAGCUUUUGUGUCAAGGAAGCCCCUCUCCAGCCUUGGGUGUGAGUUUGUGUAUUCCGUACAGAGGGUGGCUCUCAGCACCGCCCUGUGCUCCACCUGCGUCCUGAGCACCUAUCAGUCCUUCACACUCACCCCCAGGAGGGCGGAGUGGGUGAUGCUCAGAGGAAGGGCCCCCACGGUCACUGGCCCUUCCUGCUGCACCUGCUGGAUGCUCAGUCUCUUAAUGAAUAUCUGGAUUCCUGUGAGCAUCUCUGGUCCACAGGACAAGCACAACUAUACUGAUGCCCAAGGCAUGUGGUUCUGCUCACCCUCGGCUUCUAAAGCAGGCUUUGUCUACUUGUGGUCCACCUCGGAUGCCGUGUUUCUUACCCUCAUGGUCUGCUCCAGCGGCUCCACGGUGCUUCUCCUGCACAGACGCCGCCAGAGGGUGCAGUAUGUCCACACCCCCGCCGGGCACCACAGAUCCCCUCCGGAGACCAGAGCCGCCCACACCACCCUGAUGCUGGUGGUCACCUUCGUCACCUUCCACCUGCUGAAUUCUGUUCUCACUUUUUAUAACAGGGCCCAUGAUGAUUUUCGCCUGUGGUUGAUGCAGCUCUCAGACGCCUUGGCUUUGUGUUUUCCCACCGUUUCCCCCUUCCUGCUGCUCCUUAGGGAUCCUAGAACCCCCAGGUUCUGCUCCUGA